UGAUAUUGAAGUGCCGGUUAGACAGACACCUGUCAGGGAUGAACUAGCUCAGGGAUGAGCAGUGAUUUUUGGUCAGAGGCCUCUCCAAGAUUUUGGAAAGUGGUCAACAGCCGCACGUUUCUGUGGAGGGGGAUGUGGGGUCUGUGAAGGAGUCCGGGUGCAGAAGGGCGCACUGGGUAGUGGGUUAGGGUGCAGGAGCAGGUGUGAGGUCUGAGAGGGUGUUUGGGUGAAGGAGGGGGUUGUGACUUGUGUCAGGGGAUUGUCAUCAGAAGCAACAACGGGGAGGAGGGCCAGGAGCUGGUGUUAUGAGGAGCAGCUUAAAAGCUGGUUCCUCCCAGUACUGUCUCCACAGGGGAGGUAGAAAGAAAUAGGUUCUCCCAUCUCCCACUAUGCCUCUGCUUUUUAAACAGAAUAAGAGCCAGCUCUUACUUCAUUUGAAAGGCAGAGCUGCAGCAGGAUUAGCUCCCAGGGCUAGGUCUACAGUUUGCCCCUUUAUCAAGUAGUCGAUGGAAAUUCCAUCAAUUACUCAAUUAGCUGAUUAAACGCAAUGUAACAUCCCUACAGGCUACAUCUGUUGUUGUUACACAUUUCACUGGUGGUCUUUAUUCUAACAAUGCUACUAUUCUGUGUUGCCAAAAUCCAGCAUUUUUAAAAUGAAUAAUCCUCUACAUUAGUUGGGUGCCUGGCAUGGUGCUGACCUGGCCAGAUUUGGCUUUUGUUACAGGUGAAUAGCUAGAGCUCAUUAGUUGCUGGUAAAACAGACAUUUUCUGAGCUGUGAAGACAGAGACUGGAAUGCUGACUCGGAUGUGAAGCAAAAUGUUAUUAACAGCUGGAGAGCUCUGAUAUCAAUUUGGGGCAAACGGUGCAAUUUGCUGUCACCAGUAUCUGUGUCUGAGUGUGCAGCCCCUCAUGUGUAGCUGUUACAGAAGAGCAGUUGAAACAUUUCAAUCUGAAGCAGGGGUGGGGAACCUUACACCUAGGGGCCACCUCAGUGAGGGUUUUGUUUUUUUUAACUUCUCACAUGUGUAACCCCCAAACCAAAAAAGGUUCCUCACUCCUUAAUGAUGGUAUCAUCUCUGCAGUAGUUGCAAUGUGGCCACUUCAUAUGGUGCAUGCAUACAACCUCCCUUAUCUGACUUCUCCCUGCUGCUCCAGAGAACACCGAAGCCAUCCCUGCGGGGAGAGAGUACGCCAAACCAGAAAUAGUCCCUUCCCAAGCUGGGAGUGGAAGCUAGGACUGCUGCACAGAAGCCGUCUCUAGUGUCAGGGACUGUGGAGAGCCAGGCCGGGGGACAGUUUCCCUCAGUGUACCUGUACAUAGACUGGCCUACUUUCAUUGUGCAUACACUAAUCCGCAUGGGCAGGUUUUCCCUUACUACAAACCCAACUCUGGGAAACAUGCUUUGGGGAAAUAAAGGUUUGUUAUGGGGGUAACAGGGUUAAAUACAGUGGCCUGUGACAAAUGAGACCAAAGUACAUGAAAUAAGAUUCCUCCGGAUUCUGUGAAUCUAUGAAUCUUAGGACCUCAUCCUGUAAACAUUCAGCAGGUGCAUUUAAUUUUAAGCAUCUGAAUGGUCACCUUAACUUCACUUAAUCUCUGUUGGUUUAGUCCUUAUGAGUGGGCCUAGAUCUUUGCUGCAAAUGGAUGGAGGAAGAAUAGGGGCUUUAAAUACAGAAGCCUAAACGAACACACCUACCUCCAUGUGCAGGCAGGUGACUGUGCGGCUUGUUUAUCAGAAUCGCUGGGUGCUGAGAACCGAAUCCCAUUGUUGCAGGCACAGCAGUGUUGAAACUCAAGCCAUGUAUUGGGACAAUGAAUAUGACUUUGGGAUCUAACUCAUGUGGUGUAGAAUAUCGAGAUGCAAGCAUUUGUGGAGUCUAGCGUUUGUGUCCCCAGGGACCGAGUCUGGGUAGCAUGGGGGGUGGAAAGGAUUAAAGCCUCUUCUGGAAUGUCUCCAGUUGCCCUUCUCCCCCGACAGGCUGCAGAAUACUCAUGUCUGUCUCCAGUUCAGCCCGUGGACUGCAGAGCCAGGGUCAGGGAAUGGCCGUGGCAGAGCCGGUGACCUUCGAGGAGGUGGCUGUGUAUUUCUCUGAGGAGGAAUGGGCUCUGCUGGAUCCGGGCCAGAGAGCCCUCUACUGGGAUGUGAUGCAGGAGAAUUACGAGGCUGUGAGCUGGCUAGGAUUUCCAGUCUCCAAAGCUCAUGGGAUCUCUUGGGUAGAGCGAAGGGCAGAGCUGCGGAUCCCAGAUCGCCAGGGCUCUGAAGAAGGGGAGAGCGUCAGUGACACCCGCACAGGUGAUGGAAUGCUGAUGGAGAAUGAGGACAGUCUUCAGCAGACAGGACUGGAGCAAGUGGAUCCACAUGGGAUGUUACUGGGAAGAUCUGAGGGGUUUGUUGCCCAGAGUCCUGAGCAGGGAGAGACCUGUGAGAGUCAGCCUAGCUCAGAACGGCAGCAGGAAAACCGUGGGGUGGAGCAAAAGGGGAAAUCUAGUCACAGGAAAAGAGGGGUGAAAAGAAACAAAGAAACCGUUCCACAGAAAAUCCCCUACACUUGCAGCGACUGUGGGAAAAGUUUCCAAUGUAGACAGGUCCUCAUUUCACACCAAAGGAUCCACACAGGUGAGAACCCCUUCCAGUUGUCUGACUGUAGGAGUUACUUCAGUCAGAAGCCUAAGCUUCUCUCCCAGCAGGGAGUGCAUCCAAAUGAGACUGUGUGUGAGUGCUGCGAGUGUGGGAAAAGCCUACAGUGCCCAGCGGGUGUUACUGACCAUCAGAGAAACCACCGAGUCCAGAAACCCUUCAAGUGUUCUGAGUGUGGGAAAAGCUUCAGCCAGAGGUCAGACCUUGUUAGACAUCACAGAAUCCACACCAUGGAGAAACCUUUUUAUUGCUUUGACUGCGGGAAAAGUUUCAGUCAGCGCUCCUAUCUCAACGUUCAUCACAGAAUCCACACGGGGGAGAAACCCUUCCCCUGCGCCGCCUGUGGGAAAAGCUUCAGUCAUCGCUCAAGUCUCAACAGUCAUCUCCGGAUCCACACCGGGGAGAAACCCUUUCCCUGUACCGCCUGUGGGAAAAGCUUCAGUCGGCGCUCUCACCUGAUUGGCCACCAGGCACUACAUACAAGCGAGACGGCCUACAACUGCUCCGACUGUGGCAAAAGCUUCCAGCAGCGCUCCAGUCUCCUUGAUCAUCAGAGAACCCACACGGGCGAGAAGCCCUUCAGCUGCUCCGAGUGCGGGAAAAGCUUCAGUCGGCGCUCGUACCUCAGUAAGCAUCGGAUAAUCCACACCGCAGAGAAACCCUUCAGCUGCCCUGCCUGCAGGAAAACCUUUGGCUGGAGCUCCGACCUUGUUCGACAUCAGCGAACCCAUACGGGGGAGAGACCCUUCAGCUGUGCUGACUGUGGGAAAGGCUUCAAUCAGCGCGCCAACCUGAUUAAACAUCAGCGAAUCCACACUGGGGAGAGGCCCUUCAGCUGUGCCGACUGUGGGAAAAGCUUCAGUCGGCGCUCCUGUCUUAAGAAUCACCGUGCAAACCACACCGGGGAGAAACCCUACACAUGCGCUGACUGUGGGAAAGGCUUCAGUGUGCGCGCAUAUCUUAUUAAUCACCAGAAAAGCCAUGGGGAGAAACCCUUUGACUGUUCUGACUGCGGAAAAACCUUCAGCCAUGUCUCAAGCCUUGUUAUUCAUCAGAGAACGCACACAGGAGAGAAGCCCUUCAGCUGCCCUGACUGUGGGAAAAGUUUCAGUCAGAGGGUCCACCUGCUUAGACACAGGAGAGCCCACCCCGCAGAGAAACCUUACAACUGCUCAGAGUGACGAAAAAGGUUCAGAGGUUUUUGAAUAUCAGAGACCCCACGUGGGUGAGAAGCCCUUUAAUUGCUGUGACUGUGGGGAAAUGGGCUUAAAUUGUAGCAAAGGAAAUUGAGAUCAGACAUCAGGAAAAACUUCCUGGCAGGGUGGCUAAACAUUGGAAUAAAUUGCCUGUGGUGGUUGUGGAAUUUCCAUCACUGGACAAACUUAAGAGCAAGUUAGGCAGAGAGCUCUCAGGGACGGGCUUGAUCAAGGCUGGGGAAUCUCUGGCCCACCAAACAAUUUAAUCAUGCUCCUUCCUCCUGAAGGUGCCUCGUGCUGGGGGAGGCCUUCCCUCUGGUCCCAUAUGCUUCCCUGACUGUAAAGGAGGCAUCGCUGGCAGAUGUUGCUUCCUGAUGCAGCCGCCCUUUGAAGGCAAGGGACUGGGGGGUCGGAGGAGAAGCUGGGCUCUCCCCUUCGUCCUGAAAGGACCCUAUUUCCAGGCAAGGGAAAUGCAAAUGUGAUCAUCAUGUUUUGGCCACAAAGCUGGCUUAGCUACUCUCCCAUUGGCUGUUGAACUGAGUCAGCCCCACUCUGCCAUUGGCUGUGGAGCUGAGGGAGCCCUGCCAUUG